AUGUUCUGUCUGAAACCGCCUGGCACAAACGCAGUGGUUUGUAUCUCUCUCAUACACAAAAGCUGUGCAAUUCUCGUGGUUACUACUACUCAUUGGCAGCACAAUCCUCAUUUUGAGUCAGCUACCCGUGGAAAAAACAUGUCUUCAGAAUCUCAAGAACCGCCGCUCUCAUCCGAAGCGCAAAGCAAAAAGGCCGCUUCAAAGGAAGCCAAAAAGCAGGAGAAGCUCCGCCGCAAAGAACUUGCCGCCGCCACCGCCGCCGCAUCAAAUCUCUCUGUUGAAGAUGACCCCCUUGCCGUCAAUUACGGCUUCGUCCCCCUCAUUGAGAUCCAAUCAAAGACCUCCGUUGAUGUCAACGAAUGGACCCGAGUCGAGGCUCUCGAUGAUUCAGUAGCGAACAAACCGGUCAAAAUCCGGGGGAGGGCACAGACCAUUCGACCAGUGGGGAAGAAGAUGGCCUUCUUGGUCAUCAGAGAAAACGGUUUCACUGUACAGUGUUUGGUUCAGGCACAACCCGAUUCGGUGAGUCCGCAGAUGGUGAAAUUUGCGGCCGCACUCAGCCGUGAGUCUAUUGUCGAUGUCGAAGGUGUGGUUUCCAUUCCGGCAGCUGCUAUUAAAGGUGCCACACAACAGGUUGAAAUUCAAGUCAGCAAACUGUAUUGUGUGAGUAAGGCCGUUCCUACUCUGCCGAUUAAUCUCGAGGAUGCUGCCCGAAGUGAAGUUGAAAUCGAGAAGGCCAUUCAGGCUGGUGAACAACUUGUUCGUGUGAAUCAGGAUACACGAUUGAACUUUAGAGUACUUGACCUACGAACACCAGCUAAUCAAGGAAUUUUCCGCAUUCAGUCUCAAGUUGGAAAUGCGUUUAGACAAUUUUUAUUAGCUGAAAGCUUUGUUGAAAUCCACACUCCAAAGUUGAUUGCUGGAUCUAGUGAGGGUGGAGCUGCUGUCUUUAGACUGGACUACAAAGGGCAACCUGCAUGCUUGGCUCAGUCACCUCAGCUUCACAAGCAAAUGUCAAUAUGGCUUGAUGUUGAAAUGGAGAUUAAGAAGCAUUAUUUUGAGGUUAUGGAUGUAGUCGACAGAUUAUUCGUCGCUAUGUUUGACAGUUUGAACACAAAUUGUAAGAAGGAUCUUGAAGCUGUGGCAAAUCAGUAUCCAUUUGAACCUUUAAAGUAUCUGAGAAAAACUCUGCGGCUUACAUAUGAAGAAGGUAUUCAGAUGCUCAAGGAAGUUGGAGUAGAAAUUGAACCUUUUGGUGACUUAAAUACUGAAGCAGAAAGGAAACUAGGUCAACUAGUUUUGGAAAAGUAUGGAACAGAGUUCUAUAUCCUUCACCGGUAUCCUUUGGCUAUAAGGCCAUUUUAUACAAUGCCUUGCUAUGACAAUUCAAAUUACAGCAACUCGUUUGAUGUCUUUAUUCGUGGUGAGGAGAUAAUUUCAGGAGCUCAGCGUGUUCACGUGCCAGAAUUUCUGGAACAACGUGCUCAGGCUUGCGGUAUUGAUGUCAAAACAAUAUCUUCUUACAUUGAUUCUUUCAGAUAUGGUGCACCACCACAUGGUGGCUUUGGUGUAGGAUUGGAGCGUGUAGUAAUGCUCUUCUGUGGCCUGAAUAACAUCCGCAAAACAUCGCUUUAUCCACGCGACCCACUCAGGAUUGCACCAUGA